AUGCCACGUCCACUGCGGGUCAGCCUCCUCCUCGGAUCGUCGCGGGCGAAGCGCGUCGGUCCGAGUGUGGCCCGCCACGUCGAGCAGCGGAUCGCCGCGAGAGGCCACACGGUGGACGUGUUUGAUCCGCGAGAGUCGUUCGGCGGCUGCUUCAUGCGGCUCAUGGAGAAGGCUCACUUCCACUACAAGGAAGGAGAGGCCGUUCCGCCGGAGCUCGAUGCCGCGGCGGAGGCCCUGCGCGCGGCGGACGCGUACGUAGUCUGCACGCCCGAGAUGAACCACACCAUCGCGCCUGCCCUCACCAACAUGAUGAAUCACUUUGGAGCCCAGACGUAUGCGUACAAGCCCUCCGGCAUCUGCACCUACUCCGCCGGCAUGUGGGGCGGAGCCCGCUGUGGCGUCGCCCUGCGCGCCUAUCUCUCCGAGCUGGGCUGCCUGCCCGUGAGCGCAACGAUGCAGCUGACCGGCGCGUGGAAGCCGGGCACGUUUGGCGAGGAUGGCCUGCUAGCGGAGGACGCAAUGGGGUUCAAGCUCUGCGAACGAAUGCUCGAUCAGCUCGAGUGGCACGCCCACUCCAUGAGAAAUCACAGAGAGCUGAUGCGAUGA